AUGUCGAAACGAGGUGGCCGGCGAAGGCACCGGCGGGCUCGAGCUCGGGCCGCUAUAGCUACUUCUUCCACUUUCCCGGCCUGUAACGUGCUGGAUGAGCCGCGGGACGGACACCGGCUGGUGUUUAAAGCGGCUAUGAUUACUAUGUUGCUUCUUGUAACUGUGACUACGGUGGUUACUGAGACCGCCACAGUUCAGUGGUACUACAACAACACCGCUGUAGAUACUACAUCUGCCAGCCUUCCCCCGUACCGGAGCUGGGGAUACAGCACAGGGACGGAUCCCGAGGUUGCGCACAACACCGGGAAAAGGUUCCCAGUAAAGCCCGGAUUUGGAGACGACCCGACUCUGAUUCCCGACGAUGUGAUCACUGAUCCUGGCAUGCCUCCUGGGGAUGAAGUUCGCCCACCUAUUCAGGGGCCAACUGUCUUUGGAUGCAGCGUGCAGGAGGAAAUUGACGGCGUGCCGGAUAUCCUCAAGUCCUGGGCCUUCAUGACGACAGAUCAGCGCAACGUGUACCUCGCCAUGGCGCGGCUUCGCAUCAUGAAGCAGAUCUUCGAGGUUCUGAACCGCGAGUUUGAUCCUGAGAUGAUGGCCCAGUUUGCUCCCGCCUCUAAGAUGACCCAGUCUGCGCUGAAGCCGGACACAUCUACUGAUGAGAAAACAAAGGGCGACAUGGAGAAGACGGAGAUGGCUGCGGAAGGCAGGGUGCUGGUGGAGAACGCCACAGAAACGACAAACAACACGACAAGCCACGAGGGGAAGCACCGCAUGAUCGGGGGUAUCCGGUGGGUUGAGACGGUCGCACUUACCGUGUUUGGUGUGGUGGCUGCGGGGUCGGUGGCCUACAGCUACAGCUGCACGGCACAGAUCACUUAAGUUAGAGACAGGUCCACACGUGGUUGGAACCGAUAUGGUUUAUCUAUGAGUAUGAGCUUCUGAUGAAGUUAUACUUUUAAUGAAAACAGAAAUACCCCUGCCAAGAUGGCAAACCUACGUCAGAUGUAAUUAACAUUUCUUGACACUCUCGGUAAUGAAUUGGUACAUUUGAGAAACAUUGUUCAUUUGCUUGUUUUACAGUGAGGUUAAUUGAUAACUGUGAUUCUUUUUUUUUUCUACUAAAGACAUAAAUGCCUGAGAGAUGCUCUGUUACUUACUUUGUUAAGUACCCACGUCAACAUUACUUAAGAUCCAAUCUCAGAUAUAGAUCACACAUUUCAUUGUCAUGUCUCCUUU